GAACAAAGCAAGGUGGGACUUGCCACUUGUGCUGUUUGUAACCCACUGUGAGAUACAAAACCUGACACUUCCACUGCCUUCCAGACAGACUCAUCGCCACGGUUACCAGACCAAUCAGUAGACCUCCGACCCGUCUCCGUAGUUUAGCGCCUAGCAGAGUAGCCUGUCGAACAGUCGGUACAUCAAUCUGUCUGUCCGUCCAUUCAUCCGUCCGUCAGCCAGUCAGUAAGCCAGUCAGUCAGUCAGCCAGUCAGCCAGUCAGUCAGCCAGUCAGCCAGUCAGUCAGUCAGUCAGCCAGUCAGUCAGCAUGUCCGUGUUCCAAUCCAGGACCCUCUCUCUGGCCCUCCUGAUCACCAUGUGUGUCUACCUCACCUCUGUAUCUGCUAACUAUCGUCGGCCAACUAAGGUCACCACAAGUUGCUGCACAAGUGUGUCUGACUCUCACAUCAAAUUUAGACUGCAAGGAUACCACAUCCAAAACGCCAUGCCACCCUGUGUUGAUGCCAUCGUCUUCUACACAGCAAAAGGAGUGAAGAUCUGCUCUGAUCCCAAAGCACCCUGGGUCAACAAGAGAAUGCAACGUUUGAAUGGGAUGAAAAAGUAAAGAAGACAUGUUGGACUAUGACUGGAACCCUCUCCACUGUAAACACGCCUCCUCACCAUCUAGUGCAUCCUCCUCCCAAGAUCCUCUAUCAGCAUACUUCACUUUUCUGCUUAUUUUUUGUCUGCCUGGUCCUUAAGAUUAUUUAGUUGUGUUUUAAAUUGAUAGAAUUUCAUUAAAAUACAGUACUUUACAGUG